GGAGCGGGGCGGGGCCGCGGCGUGUUUACAUCCGGCCGGGCGCUCUUCGCCUACGACGGGCCCGGGUCCGAGGGCCGAGCCAUGGACACCAGCGACCUGUUCGCCAGCUGCAGGAAGGGGGACGUGGGCCGAGUGCGGUAUCUGCUGGAGCAGCGGGACGUGGAGGUGAACGUGCGGGACAAGUGGGACAGCACCCCGCUGUACUAUGCCUGCCUGUGUGGACACGAAGAGCUGGUUCUCUACCUGCUGGCCAACGGUGAGGAGAGCCGAGAGCGCGCCCGCUGUGAGGCCAACACCUUUGACGGGGAACGCUGCCUGUACGGGGCGCUGAGCGAUGGCAUCCGCCGGGCCCUGCGUGACUACAAGCAGGUGACCUCUUCCUGCCGGCGUCGCGACUACUAUGUUGACUUCCUGCGGCGGCUGCUGGAGCAGGGCCUCCACAGCGACGUGGCCUUCGUGGUGCACGGGAAGCCCUUCCGGGUGCAUCGCUGUGUCCUGGGCGCACGCAGCGGCUACUUCGCCAACAUGCUCGACACCAAGUGGAAGGGCAAGAGCGUGGUGGCCCUCCGGCACCCUCUGAUCAACCCAGUCGCCUUCGGGGCUUUGCUGCAGUACCUGUACACAGGCCGCCUGGACGUGGGUGUGGAGCACGUGAGCGACUGUGAGCGCCUGGCCAAGCAGUGCCAGCUGUGGGGCCUGCUGGGCGACCUGGAGGCCAAGUGCGAGAAGGUGUCCGAGUUCGUUGCUUCCAAGCCUGGCACCUGUGUGAAGGUGCUGACCAUUGAGCCGCCCCCUGAGGACCCCCGGCUCCGAGAAGACCUGGCCCUGCUGGCCGACUGUGCGCUGCCCCCCGAGCUCAGAGGUGACCUCGGGGAGCUGCCCUUCCCCUGCCCGGACGGCUUCCACAGCUGCCCCGACGUGUGUUUUCGAGUGGACGGCUGCAGCUUCCUGUGCCACAAGGCCUUCUUCUGCGGCCGCAGUGAUUACUUCCGGGCGCUGUUGGACGACCACUUCCGAGAGAGUGAGGAGCCCGAGGUGUCAGGGGACCUCCCCACCAUCACCCUGCAGGGCAUCUCCCCCGGCGUCUUCACACACGUGCUCUACUACAUCUACAGCGACCACACAGAGCUGGCGCCCGAGGCGGCCUAUGACGUGCUGAGCGUGGCCGACAUGUACCUGCUGCCCGGCCUGAAGCGGCUGUGCGGCCGCAGUCUGGCUCAGCUGCUGGACGAGGACAGCGUGGUGGGCGUGUGGCGGGUGGCCAAGCUCUUCCGCCUGGCGCGGCUGGAGGACCAGUGCACCGAGUACAUGGCCAAGGCCAUCGAGAAGCUGGUGGAGAGGGAGGACUUCGCGGAGGCCGUGCGGGAGGAGGCCGCGGCCGUGGCUGCCCGGCAGGAGACGGACUCCAUCCCGCUAGUGGACGACAUCCGCUUCCACGUGGCCAGCACAGUGCAGACCUACAGCGCCAUAGAGGAGGCACAGCAGCGGCUGCGGGCCCUGGAGGACCUGCUGGUGGCCAUUGGCCUGGACUGUUGAGUCGCCAUGCUGUGCGUUUGUCCGCUCCGGGCACCAGGCUCCCAAGACUGGGGGGAGAGCACCUGAGCAUGAGCCCCCGCCCCAAGGCACAGACCAGCCCUAGGCCCUGCGCGGGGCACCACUCAGGGAGAGCCAGGGGCUGGGGGUGUCCUAGGGCCUCCCUCCAGCGCCCCUCCCCUCCACCUGCCGACCCCUGACCCUUGAGCCCAGACCCCCACGUGCACAGAGCUGGCCAGGAAGAGACGUGAGGGUGUGUGCGGCAAUAAAGCUCCAUUCUCUGUAUGAGCAGGA